AUGGCAAAAAUUCCAAAAGAAAAAAAAUUAAAGACAAAAACUGAAAAAACUAUAUGCUCUAUUUGUAGAUUUAAAAGAAUAAAAUGUAUUCCAUCAGAGGAGAAUGAGGAAAAAUGUGAAUUUUGUUUUAAAAAUAAUCUUGAUUGUUUGAAAUAUAAACCAUCAUUAAUGGAAAAUGAAAUUAAAAGAUUAAAUACUGUGGUUAAAAAUCAUGAAAACAGAAUUCAAAAUCUUGAAGAACGAGUUCAAUCUCUUGAGAAAGAUAAUACUGUAGUCAAAAACAAUUUGCUUCAACAAAAAUUACUUUUAAACCAAUUAGAUUUUCUUUUAUCAUAA